GUAUUUUUUCAGCUACAAUAUUGUAAAAUAAGCUUCCUAAAAUCUACAGAAUAUAUUUUGCUAGGUCAUAAAAAUGCCGUUGCUGUUUUCAAGAACGUUUCUUUUUUUAUAUUUCCUUACAGCUGAAACCUCGUUUUACCUAAGCUUUCAGUGAAAAUAAUACCAAAGAGCAGAAUAAAAAUUUGUAAUACAUUUUCAAGGCACUGCUGUGAUUCCUUCCCCCCGCACCUCCCCCACCAGGAUGAGAUCAUCCUCCACAGGGAGAUGCAUGGCAUCACUGCAUUACCUAAAGCAAGAUGAGGCAAUCCUUAGUGGCCUGUUAGGCUCAGCAGCAUCCUCCGGAGAGCAUUGCUGUUACCCUGACCGGUGCUUUGGAGCACAAAACACCCUGCUGGUUCAAAGGCGCGUUCCAGUGCCUAGCAACAAAAGAGCUAUGUCUUUGUGGGUGUGUUUUGUUCUUUAAAGAAGUGCAGGUGACUGGGUGCUCAGGAAUUGAUGGAUAUUAAAAGUGAGUUACAGAUUCUGUUCUGAAGAUAAACCACGCGAAUUUCAAAUACUUAACGUGUUAUAACCAGUUUCGCUAGACAAUCCCUAUAGCUUCUGUGAAGUCUCUCAGACAAGCUCCAAUUGUUAUGAAGUAGAGUGCAGGAAGCUCUGACACUUCAUUAAACAAUUGAAACUGGAGGAUGUGAACUAGGCUUGCGGAGGCCUUAGUGAGAAAUACUUUUAUGAUACGGUAUUACAAGUUGUGUUUUACAUUUUUCAGAAAGAAAUUAAUAUAGCUUGUUGUAAUUGUAGGUUCUGCUAGCUACUUCUUCUAAUUUCAUUGUUUAUUUGGUGCUGGAUCAACGACAGUGGUUUUAGAGCUUUAAGUUUUAAGGUCGCAAAAGGGUUAAGGAGAUAAGUCUUACUGUAAAGUCACUUAAAUGUUGAAGAUCUCUCUUAGUGUUUGCAUCCUGCCUUAACAUUUGUGCUGUAAGAAGCAUUCAGUGCUCGAAGCCAGCUGGGUCUGCAGUUUGCUCAGUUAAGCCUGCUGCUGUUGAGCAGUUUGGUUGGAGCACUCCUGAUGGGAACCCAGGGCAACCUAAUGAGCCACUUUCCCUCCCUUGUGAUUCCAAGGGUUCAUCUGUUGGCCAGAGAGUGUUAGCUUUCCCUGUACUUUGGCUGAGUCCUUCUCCAGGUGGCUGUUGGUAGGUGGCUCAUCUGAUAGACAGAAGCUGGCCACAGCUGAUGUAAGUACAUAUUUAUUAGUUUACACUCUCUCCUUCAUGUACUUGCAGCACUGGCACUGCAGAGCUUCCCAGUGCCAAACAGCUGGGGUAAACACCUGGGAUUUAGCAGAAGUUGAUUUCUGUGCUCACAUGGCUACACUGCUAUCAGUACAUCUGCUAGCUGGCUUUGAUAAUAGAAUUGGCACAUGAUGCUGUGCUUUUUUUAAUAUGGUGUGGCUGUUUAUUACUGUUGUCAGACAAAGAACAGAUGGAGGAAGUUAACCAUUUCCCUGUCUCUCUUAUUAAUCCCAGCAACACUGAAGGAUUUGGGUUGUGCUGUUGCACAUAGUUCUUCUCCAGGAGAAUGAGCAGUAUGAGUUGCAUCAGAAUGGUGGGAAAUUUUCUAUUUUGCUGCAUUGCAUAAUACAGUUGUCAAGUCUGGAAUAAUUUGCUGAAGAAUAAGAUUUAAUUACAUCAGUGCUCUGAAAUAAUAAAAUAGCAUUGAAGAUCUUUUGAAGCCACUAAAAAUCUGAUAAUUGAAAGCAAUAAUGACAGACAUAGGAGAUGGACCACAUUUGGGGAAGGAUCUGGCAGAUGCAAAAUCUGUUCCAGGUUUUAAAGGAAAGAGCCUACCUGGUAGCAAGUCUAUGGACUCUGGAAUUCUGCCAGACUACAGCUACAGAAUGGAUUAUCCAGAGAUGGGGGAAUGUGUAAUAAUAAACAAUAAGAACUUCCACAGAGAUACUGGGAUGUCGUCUCGUUCAGGUACAGAUGCAGAUGCCGCAAGUGUCAGAGAAGUUUUUAUGAAGUUGGGAUAUAAAAUAAAGAUCAACAAUGAUCUUUCAUGUAGAGACAUUUUUAAACUAUUGAAAAAUGUUUCUGAAGAAGAUCACAGCAAGCGAAGCAGUUUUGUUUGCGUGUUGCUAAGCCAUGGCGACGAGGGAUUGAUCUAUGGUACCGAUGGGCCUCUUGAACUGAAAAUACUAACAAGCCUUUUCCGAGGGGACAGGUGCAGAAGUUUAGCAGGAAAACCCAAACUCUUUUUCAUUCAGGCUUGUAGAGGGACAGAAUUAGAUUCUGGUAUUGAGACAGACAGUGGAUCUGAAGAAACAACGUGUCAGAAAAUCCCUGUAGAGGCAGACUUCCUGUAUGCCUAUUCUACAGCUCCAGGCUAUUACUCCUGGAGGAAUUCAGCUAAAGGCUCAUGGUUUAUUCAGUCACUGUGUGAAAUGCUGCAGGAACAUGCAAGGAAACUUGAACUCAUGCAGAUUUUAACUCGUGUCAAUCGCAGAGUGGCAGAGUAUGAGUCCUGCUCAACUCUACAAGAUUUUCAUGCAAAGAAACAGAUUCCAUGUAUUGUCUCUAUGCUCACCAAAGAAUUUUAUUUCCCUUCCUAAAAUAAUUUUUCUGUUCCUGUUUUUAUCUGCAUUUUAUAUGCAAUAUUAGUACAAAAUACCACUUUUAAAUCUGAAUAACUGUUCACUACUGUGUGUGGCACAAUGAAGUGUCUCAAAGUUAGAUAUAUGUUGUUAGAAGUAAAACAGUAUGGCUGUGUAGAAAUGCAAAGCUGAGUAGCUGAAGCAGAUUUGAAAUUAGUGCUCUGAGUAUCUCAAAAAAUUAGGAAGGGGAGACUGAAGAAAGAUCAAAUCAUUUAUUGGAGCUUUUUGGUGCUACAUUAUUUCACUUUGCUGAAGGAGCAGAGGAAAGAAACCGUUCUUGUAACUAGUUUGAUUUCAUAUCUUACAAAGACGUUUCAGAACAUCAUUGAUGGUAAUAUGGAUAGUAAUGUCAUCACACAUUUCUUAACUCAAGUUCUUAAACUAACCUAAACAAUUUUUACACUCCUGGGCAUAAACUGUAGAAAACAGCCAUUUCAUAUUUUUACAUACAAUUGUGAAGCAUGUUUUGAAUACAGUCAGUUUUUCCUGAUAACUCCUGAUAAUUUAAUAACUUUGUGUAUGGAAUAUUAGAUAAAACAAUUAUAUCAACAUGGCAGCUGUUUCAAAAUAAAUUUUGUAUUCUGACCUUGAAGCUGAGUACCCAAGGGACCAGUCUUCCGAAAUGUCUUUUCUGCAGCUCCCUAAGGGUGGAGCGGUUGGAACAUAUUUGGGGCUAUAAGAAACAGUGCAAAAGGGAAGUCUGCAUUCUGAACAGUCUGCUUUCCUCUUUUUAGCCUUAAAUAAGAAUGGGUUGGCUCUGUGUGUACCACGUGUAAUCUGUGAGGAAACCUAGAUUUGUGGUACUGGAGAAAUUUCACUUCAUAACGCUAAUUCCACUGAACUAAUUACAAACUUUAGCUAAAAUAUAUUAACAAAUAGUAAAUUUAUGUCUUGACUCUGAAUUUUGUGACACAGAAUUACAAAAUUGCAAAAAAUUUUUGCUGAUGUUUCAACUUGUAACAGUCUUUUUAAGAUCAGUGGAAGACAGAAUAUGAGAUUUCUAUACGUGCUUGCCAAACAAGACUUGAAACUCUUUUAAAAUUGUGUAGCAAAAACAGUGUUGGAAAAUUGAUGUUCACUUCCAGAGGCAUUUUGUACUUUUUUUUUUUUUUUUUUUUUUAAAUUAAAUGCUGUUUCCUAGAU